AUGCUUACUCACUCUUUUUACUGCUUCAUUUGCUUUGCGCUUGCACUGGCUACAACAAGCCUUACAAACGAAGUUCAUGAACCCCCUCGCUCACCCCAACGAUACCUGGUUUCAUUGGAUCCUGCCAGAUCGCGUUCCCUGGAAGAAGUCGAAACGCACCUGAAGAGCAAGGACGUGAACCACGAAAUUUUGUUGGACUUUACAGAUCUGGUCCCCGACGUUUUCUGCGGGUUUUCUUUACAAAUGUUUGAAGACGACCUACAACACUUGGAAAGUUUCGCUCAUGUCAAGGAAAUUAGUCGACUGGGGAGAAUCUCGCGGCCCGGCGCAUUCCAGGAACGCCGCCUGGAUGGACCCCCCCAUUCCAAACCCUCGCAAUAUCCCCCCCACAUUCAGACGCGGAUCUCGAAGCUACAUGAAAUGGGCAUUUAUGGUCAAGGCGUCAAGGUGGCUUUGAUUGACGAUGGCAUCGACUGCGCGCAUCCAGCAUUCGGAAGCGGUUUCGGGCUCGGGUUCAAGAUAGGAUUUGGGAAGAGCUUUGUGAACGAUGACGGCGACGGGAUCGGAAAAGCCACGAGUGGUGCUUCCCACAGUCCUUGUACCCCGUGCGGCUGGCAUGGAACUUCCACGGCCGGGAUGCUUGGCUCGGCAGAUGUGGGCUACGGACCUAUUGGAGCAGCUCCCAAUGUCACCCUUGGAAUGUAUCUUGCGGGAUGCAAGCAAGGUAAUGCUGCCUAUGACGAUGUGAUGAUGGCUGCGAUGCUCCAAGCUCAUAAAGAUGCUGCGGACGUCAUUUCGAUUUCUAUGGACAGUGUGGGCGGCUGGGGAGAGGGAAAAGCGCUAUCACAAGUAGCAAAUAGAUUAGUUCAAGAGAAAGGCGCAAUUAUCAUCGUGUUAGCAGGGAAUCAAGGAAAUGAGGGACUAUUCCUCGCGGGAGGCCUAGCAUCAGCAAGGAACGUUAUUGCGGUUGGCUCGGUGGAGUCUCAGGCGACAAUGGCUCGAAGUUUCACAGCUUCGACUGGUAAGAAGCUUACACUCUAUAGACCAACCGCAAUGGACCUUCCUGGCGAGUACCCGGUUUACAUGACUGCCAAUUCAACCGACGCCACAAGAGAUGCUUGUGACGAACUACUCAAGCAUACUCCGGAUCUGACUAAUUAUAUCGUGUUGAUCAAGCAAGGGGACUGCUCCUACUCUGAUCAAGCAAAACGCGUAGUGGCCAAAGGCGCCCGACAAAUUCUUUUCUAUCUUAAUUCAACCAGGAUCCCCACCUUGCCUUCAAAAAUGUCAAAAGCCACCAUUUCUGCAAUACCGUUGGAAGAUGGGAGGUAUAUUUUUGACGAGGCCAAGAAGAAUCCAGCUGGAUUUAAAGUUUCCUUUCCGCCGAGCGAUUACUUUUAUGUGAAAAAUCCGGACGGGGGUUUGCCAAGUGAAUAUUCGACAUACGGCCCUAGUUUUGAUUUUGAGAGCCCUCAGCCUGCCGUGGCUGGGGUUGGCGGUCGCGUCGUUACAACGUUGCCUAUCAAAGAGGGCAGCUAUGCCUUAUCAAGCGGAACAUCUAUGUCGACCCCACAGAUUGCUGGUAUAGCCGCAUUGAUCUUGAGUGCAAGAGGGAAAAAGUUUACCGGUUUAACUAUGCACUCUCGAUUGACGACUACCGCCAAGCCUCUCAACAGCCCGAUUACCUCUUUAGGUCUUGACUCUGUUGUUCAUCAGGGCGGAGGUCUUGUCGACGCUUUCUGUGCGGCUUGGACAAACACCACCAUCUCAGUUCCUGGUCUGGUCCUCAAUGAUUCAAUAUCAUUUCGGGCAGAUCAAGAAUUUACAAUCUCCAACAAUGGCACCAGUUCUAUUGAUUACGUUCUAAGCCACCGUCCGGCCAUCACGCUACAAACAUUUUCUUCAGGAUCUAAGUAUGGUCGACCGGAUCUCAAGCCCAUUCCUUCAAAUCACUCAGCCACUGCUCGGAUUAGCCCCGUGCGGUUUCGACUAUCACCCGGCUCAUCUCAAUCAAUAAAAGUGAACUUUUCACCGCCUGAACAUUUGGAUCCUCGUUGGCUGUCGGUUUAUUCAGGUUACGUCGUGAUGGUAGGCGUGACUCAUCGCCACGGGUGUGAUUUUCCUUCAAGUCAUCCCUCAAAGCAACAAUCUAAAACUGAUAAAUUUUUGCCAAUUGAAAAGGCUUCCAAUUUUGAAUGUGAAAGUCACAAUGUCCCGUAUUAUGGAGUGGUAGGAUCGCUCAAAAAGCAGCCAAUCAUUGACCGCGGUCCAAAUGAAGCUAAAAUAGCGAAUUACCCUUACCUGGCAUUUGAAAAAACUGCUCCAGAGCACGGAAUAACUCUAGCUUCGCCUACCGCAAAUCCAUCCCCACUGAGUACCGCCUUUGUUUGGAAUUUGAAGGAACACAACAUGACUUCUUUACACUUCAGAAUGCUCUUUGGCUCUCUUCUAUUUCGGUUUGAUAUCCUGCCGGGAAACACAGUCUUAUCAAACGGCACAGACGAUAGGGAUGUUGAGAGGUAUUUCAGAGGCACGCGCUUGAUUGGCGCGAUGCCGGUGGAUGAUCCUGAUGAUAUCAAAGCAUGGGGGCGUUCUAGCUUAUACCACCAAACUGCACCUUGGAAUGGCACCGUUAUAACCCGAGAUCAGAAACAAGCACGUUUGCUACCGAGCGGAAGUUACAGGCUUCUUUUCAGGGCUCUGCGGGUGACCGGCCAGAAGGACAACGGAUAUGAUUACGAUCACUGGAUAUCCCCGCAGUUCAAGUUAAUCAACUGA